ACAAAGAUGGCGGCGCUCGGUACAGCACGGUGCUUUUUCCGGAGCUACUCUCGGGUGAAAAAUGUGCAGAACAGCAAGCAAAUGUUGAUGAAAUGCAGCGUCAGGACGUUUUGUAGUGAAACCCAAGAUAAUGCCCCCACAGACAAUGCAAAGCCCAACUUCUCGGAUCCGGCUGUGCAGGACAUCCUCACCAGGAUAACAGGCCUGGAUCUGCAGAAAGUGUUCCGACCCAUUAAACAGGAACUGAAGCCGCCCGCAUAUCGGCUCAUGACAGAGAAACAACUGGAGGAGGCGGUUGACCUCGCCACAGAGCAAGCUAAGAAGCUGCUGCAGAUGCCCCCCGUCCUGCCGGAGAGGAAGCCCAUCAACGAUGUGCUGUGUGAGGAUAAAAUGCUCGAUGGCAUGGACACAGCCAAAUAUGUUUUCACGGACAUCACCUACAACAUCCCACAUAGGGAGAGAUUCAUAGUUGUACGAGAACCUAAUGGGACUCUCAGGAAGGCGAGCUGGGAGGAGAGAGACCGGCUCGUUCAGGCCUACUUCCCCAAGAAUGGUCGCAAGAUCACAGCACCUCUCAUCUUUAAAGAGGAGAACCUCAAGCUGGUGUAUUCCCAGGACCGUCACGAAGAUGUUUUGGACCUGUGUCUGGUCCAGUUUGAACCAGACUCCUCAGAAUACAUCAAGGUACAUGCAGCCACUUAUGAGAACUUGGACAAGCACGACAAAUAUGAUCUGCUGCGCUCCACCCGACACUUCGGAGGCCUGACGUGGUACCUGGUCAACGCUCGCAGGGUUGACGGGCUCAUCGUGGACAUGCUGAAGAGAGAGCUGUUCCAGGACGCUGUUAGCCUCGUGUCUCUGUUCCACAUGGUCCACCCCCACAGUGAGUCAGCCCAGGAAGCUGCCAGCCAACAGGCCACUGGCAUCGACCUGCUGAAGAUCUAUGCCCAGAAAGAGUCCCAGAGGUCGGGCUACAUCGAGCUGGCUCUGCAGGCGUACGAACAGACAGCUGCUGAAGGCUCUGCUGCCUGACUGGCUCACACAUGCAUAGAAAUAUAGAAAUUCAUCCACAGUGAGGAAUGGUACCCAGCACCAGAGACACUGAAUGGAAAUUGCCUCCCAUUUGUAAAACAUGACAGCUUCUGUUCUUUCCCUGUGCCAGUCCAAGAGUAAAAUGUGCUUCUUCACUGAAAGGAAGGCUUUACACUUCACAGCCAUCAGUUUGAAGAAUUAACUUUAAGGCAUCUUGCACGAUGGUUCAAGAUGAGAAAUGUUUAUCAUUUCUCAUGGAGAGGAAGUGUCUUUAUGCGAGUUAAAGUUUGUGUCAACUUAUAUCAUGUACAUAACUAAAUAAAGACAGUGUUUGUA